CGUUUACUGAGGCACAUAUUCUCGAGCGCGAUGGAGCUUGCAGAGUUCCAACGACAAAUAUGCCUCCCGAAUGUCCCAAAAUUCAGUGCUUCCCUCAUCUCAUUAGUGGACAAGCAUUCGGAAUCAGACAUAAAGUUAUUCGCCAUGAGUACCUUGACACACCUCGUCCCGUUGUUCCCGACGCUCCACCGGAGUCUCCAUCCAUCUCUCUCGUCGACCGCUCUGAGCUUUUUGAAUGGCUCAACACCAAGGCCGACGCCAGCUUCAUUGGUGGCGCUGCCUCGCACUCUACUCGGUACUGCCCGUGACCGGCGGGAAGGUGGGCGCAGCCAACGUCUGGCGCAAGUCACUCGACGACACCUUGGGGUAUGCAUGGAACGCACUCGCUGCUAUGCGUCGGACAUCUCAGCCGCAGCUCUUGGGCAGAUCACCCGCCUCUCACAGGAGAUCCAGUCACGGCCAUUCCGCUCAACCUGGACCGUCUGCGAGCGGCGGUGCGCAUACUGUGCGAUAUGCUGCACGCACCGGCCUCACGACCUGUGACUGUUCCUGUCGGUCCACUCGUGCAAUUCUGCUUAGCGAUGCUGAGGUGCACGCCGGAAGAGAAGGCUGUAGAAGGGCACGUAGACCCAUCAGUGCGGGCAAUGGAGCUGGCGGUCAUUCCCUCGAUCUGGGCUCAAGCAUGCGAACUGUGGAAAGUCUUUCAGCAAGCGCACAUCGACAUCUUUUGCCCUAUUUGCCUCAGCUUGUCUCGCACCUUGCAUUCCACAUUGAGCAACAGCGCACGCCAUCUGAACGCCUUGCUUUCCUGAAGGCAACUUAUGCAUUGCUUGCAGCGUGCCCUCAUUUACACGACACGAUCACAGCCUCGAGGCUGGCAAGAGCGAUUGCGCCGGCGUUGACAAUUUUACUCGCGACAAAGACUCAAGGGCAACAAGAUGCCGGUACGAAUGCUUCCAGGACAAAGAACCGGAAGGGCAAGAAGAGGGCGCGCGGGUAUGAGGGAGACGAGGUCUUCAAUGUGGCAGCAGACGUCAUUUGCACCAGCAAGACGGACGGCGACGUCCUCUUGGCCUCCAUCGAUGUCGUCAGGCUAGUACUCCGAAACCCACAGCUCCCUCCGGCAGUACACUCCCUCUGUGCCGGUUCUCUUGGGCAUCUACGUCUCCCUGCCCCAGAUCCAGCCUAUACUCGUAUCGCCGGAUCUCUCCUUGCAUGGGGCGAUAUACGAAAAGAUCCGCGUUGUAUGCAUCGAGCAAGCAUCAGGCACCAGCAACGUGUUGAGCAAGAGCCUCGGGCUUGUCGUCUCAAGCAUGUCCACCGGCCAGCACGAAUCAGACGGCGCGGGCAUAUUGCGUGACCUCGAUCUUCUCCUGCACCCACGGGUACCCCCUUUAGUGCGAUCGCUGCCCCACGUCGAGAUGUUGUCUCUGUUCCGCGAGGAGGAAGGCGAUGAAGAAAUGGAAAUGCGAAAGGCUCUGGGGUUGGCGACCGCGGAGGAAACCUUGUCCACGCUACCAUCGACCACGCGCGAUCUCACAACGCCACCGGAGCCGGUACGUCCCGCCUCCGUCGCAGCAAACUCAACCAUACCUGUGGAACGUACCGUACCUGUCAGCAACCAUGCCUCCCAAGGGCAACCCCCGAUGCCUAUUCGACAGCCC